UUGUUCAAACUUCAAUGGCACAGACUACACAUCUAUAUUGUUUGGGACUUGGUGCUAAUUCCAUAAAAUAUAACUUCAGUUAUAUUAAGCAUCUUAGAUCUGAUCCAAACCAUUUCUUCUUGUGUCAAAGUUUCAAAGAAAGAAAAGAAUCAAACUUUGACAAAAACCAUUUCUUCUUGUGUCAAAGUUCUCAUAAAAAAAAUUUAAAAAAAGUUUCUUCAUUCUUGAAUUUCAAGAACAAAAUAAGAAUUCAAAUGUGUUGCAACUGGUAAUUCCAACUUGAAGGCCCUAUACGACUACUGACUUUAUACAAGAUUACAUUGAAGUUUUUCUCCAUUGUCAUUUUUACGAUCUCUUAGUUACCAGGUGUAGUUUUGAGAAAAUAAUCAACAUGGAUGGUCAUGGAUACUCACCUCAAACAGUUAAACGUAACAAAAAGGGGAAGAACCACCGUCACGCGGUGGUGGAUCAUGAUGAUAAGAUCAAGUGUAGUGGGAAGUCAUGCAGAUCAUGUAGUGGUGGUUUAAUCGCGGAUUGCGUAGCAGUCUGUUGCUGCCCUUGUGCUGUAGUAAACAUUUUAGCAUUGGCAUUUUUAAAGAUCCCUUGGAUGGUGGGACGUAAAUGCUUGAGAAUGGUGAAAAAGAAAAAGUUGGAGGACAAAAAUGACAAGAGUAUUACUAUUACCGAUAGUACUGUACAAGAAGGAAUACAUGUGGAACAAGAGUUAAAAGACAGUUUUAGUACAACAAUUGAUGUAGACCAAGUUUGGUUAGACUUGUAUCAAGUUGGUAGUAUGGGUUUUGGCAGAGUUUCAUUCACAGGAACUAAUUAGGUUCAAGUAUUAUUUUCGCAGCGCUCUAUGAAAAUCCCAAAUCAUGAAACCGAGAAAUUUCAUUAAUGCAUUGUGAAAGAGUAUUUAUCACUCCUUCAUACUCUUCAAUGGUAUAGUUUAAUCAUCUGUUAGCGAGAUUAGUUGAUAUGUAUCUCUUUCAGCGCCAUUUUCAUCACUUCAUAUUACAUCCUUCUGAAUUGUACAGUUAAUUUUGGUGAUGUUUCUUUGGAAUAAACAUGGCUCAUUUUGAAGGAAAAUGAAAUUGACUAGUUUAGUAUGUACAGUAUUUCAUGUCAUAAACAUUUGUUUCUUCUA